AUGGCAUACGGCCUGCAUAACAUGCAACGGGCACUCUGCCCAGGUUACAAGGGCCUGUGUGAUGCCAUGCGACCCAUUGAUGGGGCUACACUUCUGGACUUUUUGAUGAAAACCAACUUCACCGGUGUGUCAGGGGAAGGAAUCUUAUUUGAUGAAAAUGGAGACUCACCUGGCAGGUAUGAAAUAAUGAACUUCAAAAAGAUGGGGAAGGACUACUAUGACUACAUAAACGUCGGCAGUUGGGACAACAGAGGCUUAAAAAUAGAUGAUGAUGAAAUCUGGCCCAGCAAAGAGAGCGUGAUCAAGUCAGUCUGCAGUGACCCCUGUGACAAAGGGCAGAUUAAGGUGAUCCGUAAAGGUGAAGUGAGUUGCUGCUGGACGUGCACCCCCUGCAAAGAAAAUGAAUUUGUGUUUGAUGAGUACACCUGCCAAGCCUGUGAGCUGGGCUCCUGGCCUAAUAAUGACCUCACAGGCUGUGACCCAAUACCAGUGGAAUACCUUCGAUGGGGAGACCCUGAACCCAUUGCUGCUGUGGUAUUUGCCUGCCUCGGUCUAAUGGCUACAUUUUUUGUCACUGCAGUCUUUAUUAGAUUCCGGGACACUCCAGUCGUGAAAUCUUCCAGUAGGGAACUGUGUUACAUAAUACUGGCAGGUAUCUGUUUGGGAUACCUGUGUACCUUUAGCCUCAUAGCCAAACCCCACGUCAUCCAUUGCUACCUCCAGCGACUGGGAAUAGGCCUGUCACCUGCCAUGAGCUACUCUGCACUUGUCACCAAGACAAACCGCAUUGCUCGGAUCCUGGCAGGAAGCAAGAAGAAGAUCUGCACAAAGAAACCUCGCUUCAUGUCUGCCUGUGCUCAGCUUAUCAUUGCCUUCCUCCUCAUACUGCUACAGCUGGGCAUCAUUGUGGCUCUCUUCCUCAUGGAGCCCCCGGAGGUCAUCCACGACUAUCCCAGCAUCCGCCAGGUCAACCUCAUUUGCAACACCACUAACCUCGGCGUGGUUGCCCCGCUGGGAUACAACGGCCUGCUUAUCCUUAGCUGCACCUUUUAUGCCUUCAAGACCCGCAACGUCCCAGCUAAUUUCAAUGAGGCUAAGUACAUUGCCUUUACAAUGUACACCACCUGUAUUAUCUGGCUGGCGUUUGUACCCAUCUACUUUGGCUCUAACUACAAAAUUAUCACCAUGUGCUUCAGUGUCAGCCUGAGUGCCACUGUGGCUCUGUGCUGCAUGUUUGUACCCAAGGUGUACAUCAUUCUGGCUAAACCAGAGCGUAAUGUGCGUAGUGCCUUCACCACUAGCACGGUGGUGCGCAUGCAUGUGGGCGAUGGCAAAUCAUCCUCAGCUGCCAGCCGCUCCUCCAGUCUGGUUAACCUGUGGAAACGGAGAGGCUCCACUGGAGAGACACUCAGCUCCAAUGGUAAAUCAGUGUCGUGGGCACAGACAGAGCGCAGCAGUUCACGUGGGAACCACCUGUGGCAGCGUCUGUCAUUCCACAUCAAGAAGAAAGAGAACAAUCAGACUGCUGUUAUUAAGCCUUUCUCCAAAACCCCUGAGGAACAGUACUGCAGUGGGGCUGACCUGCCGCCACAUGUCCCUCUGCCCUCACUCCCGUCUAUGUCUUCUCUCCCCACUCAUCCUGACAAUGUCACCGACAAGACCCUGUAUGAGCUCUCAGAAGCAGAGGAGCACUACUCGAUCACAUACCGGCCACAGACGCCUUCACCCAUCAGCACAGUCAGCCAGAGAAUAGGAGCGAGUUCGGGAGAGGAGCCUCAGAUGGGCAGUAUUCCAAAGUACCCGAGCAGCAUCUGCAGCGCCGGCAGCGGCAGCAGUUGCGGUCCUCCCAGCAGCGGCUCUAUUGUUACAGGGAGUGACGGUAGAUUGGUUAUUGUGGACGAUCGCCCAGGGGAGCCCCAGAGUUCACUGAUGGAUCAGAUCAGCUGUGUGGUUAACCGCUUCACUGCCAACAUAACGGAGCUCAACAGUAUGAUGCUCUCGUCCUCCCCAUCACACUCACACAUGCAGAAACAAACACCUCCAUCUCCUCAUCCCACCGACCCCUAUCUGUUACCCCGUGAACUCCAGAUGCCCCCGACCCUCACCACCUACGCUGAUGUACAGCCGCUUCCUCCUGUUGAAUCAAGCUUUGGGGGCCGGGGUGGCUGUCCCAUUCACUCUAUGCCUCAUUCACCUUACCCCCUGCCACCCCCUCACCCCCAGGCCUCCCCGUCCCGCUCCCCCAUGCCAGGGGGUCGGCUCACCUGCCUCACCGACUCCCCUCUGAGGAGGGCAGAGUUGGAGGAGGAGCUAAUUGCUUUGACUCCUCCGUCACCCUUCCGUGACUCUCUGGCUUCCAGCAGUGGUUCACCUGUCUCUGAGAGAGAUCUUUGUCUCCCGCCAGUCCCGUCUCACCCUCCCCCCUCGCCCCCUUCGCCCAGGUACACCAGACUGACACUCAGAAACUACAGCCAGAGUUCAUCCUCACUGUGAGGCAGAGAUGAAUCACAGAAAUGAAGAAAAGCACUCAAAAACAACACAGCUUGUAAACAGAAGAGAUAAUGGGUAGAUAAAUCGAUUUGCCCGAGUAAUGGUUGGUGAAGACACCAAACUGUGUUUGUGUUUACAUGUUUGCAGUGAGUUGCGAGUCUAAGAAACUUGCCCAUGUUGUAUUUUCUUGCCGUUUCUCACAAAUGUGGAUGGAAAACUGCAAAAUUGGCCACUUAGCCAGUAAGGCCAGGGAUCAUUUGUGAGGGUCUGAGGCUACUCAUCAUUUAAGUUUGGGUAGUGGCCUUAAGGUAACUUGGCUAUCAACUAAUUAGAGACUGUGGAUGUGUGUGCGUGUGUGCGUGGUAGUGUGAGUGUAUUUUUACUGUAUCUUAGUUAAUCAGAUGUGAUGCCAAGAUGACAGCAAACAGUAUUGAUGAGUAAAGACUCCUUCAGCCUAUAAGAAUUGUCAGAGGCUAUCAAGGGCACAUACAUUGGCUCGUGGGCACAUUUACACAGGUGCACAUUGACAAACACAACUGUGGGCACACUGAUACAAAUACAAUGUAAGGGAAACACUGUAAAUAUGUAUGAGGUUACAGAUUUUUCUUUGAUUAUUAAAUCAAACACGCUUCUGACAAAGUGCAUUGCAUCAACAGUGUUAACAUAUACAGGCACUAUGUUAAGAACCACCUUUUCAUUUAUUCAGCUUCCCAAUCUGCUCCAAGCUAUUUAUGUCCCUGGUCCCUUUCUGCCUCACGGCUUUCUUUUAUCCUGCGAUCGUUUCAGUAUUUUCUACUCUUCCAAUUAGUUUUCUUCAGAAGUUUGAAUGUAUGUUUUCUACAUGACUCCUGAAGCUGUUGGGACCAAACCUUUUGUAGCUUUCUGUGUGUGACUUGAGAAAGAGGACGAGAAAGGGACUGAAAAGACCAGGCCUUGUUUUACCAUAAACAUCUUAGUCAUUAAAUGAGGUUCAGGUGGAUCAUUGGCAGACGUCUGAUCUCAAAGCUGAAUGUUGAUGUGUGACAUUUAACACUGCAUUUUGCGAGGCUUAGCUGGAUUCCAGUCAUGACAUUUUCUCUAUACAAUAUGUCAGCAAGACACAGUCGCUCUGUUUCAUCACAGACAGUGCUCUGAAUGGGUUUAAUUGAAAUCACGGCAAUCUAUAAUGUCAGUGGGCGCAAAUUGAUAGAUUGAAGCUGGGGAGCGUCCUCCUCAGCCACUAUGAGGUCCAUCUGUUGCUCAGGUGCUAUUUUUUUUUUUUUUUUAAACAAAGGUGGCAGAACAACCAAAGAUGUUCACAAAAAUUGAGCAUUAGGUAGAUUUUUUUUAAAUGUUAGGUUUACUUAAUACACUGCUGCCACAUACUGUUAGUCUCACAAGACCAUACUAGUUGACUGUUGAUGAUGACUGACAUCCAGUAUAGCCAAAUAAAAAUGUCAGUGAUGCAGAUCCAGGAAAACACAGACUUGAAAAUUACCCAGACCUCAAGUAGUAUUGACUUAAAGGAAUACUUCCUUAUUGUGGAAAAUUGGUUGCGGUUACAAGAGCAGGCAAUCGAUACCACUCUCAUGCUUUAUCUGUCAGGUAAAUGUAUGAAGUCUCUGCUUGUUGCCUGGCAACUGUGUGGUGAUGACAAUACUUCAGGAAGUCAUGGUUAAAUAGAAGCAAGAUGCAAAUGAUCCCCUACGAAAUAGCAAUGUGUUUUUGAGAUUUGACAUUUUAAUUAUUGAAUUAAGACCAAGACAAUAAGGCUAGUUGUUUCUUCACCGCCUGUAGCUUCAUGCGGUCAGUAUUCUCACUUCAGUAAGAAUUUAAGUCCAUUGGUUUAGUCUUUAAAGUCUGGCUUCAUGCCAUAUAUCCUAGACUGAGGAAAAUGUGAGUGAACUCAAAGUGUUUGGCAACAGUAGUUCAUAUAUUUGUAGGAGAUCAGAUUUGGCUUUUUAAGAUUUGGGUAUGCCUUUAAAUAGAGUGUUCUUAUAUAUGUGCCAACGCGUGUACCUGGAGGAAAAAUGUGCCACUGAAUACAUUUACUAAGAUGCUUUUGAGAAACGAGGCCUUGGCUUUGUUUCAGCUCAGUUUUUGCAAAGCAAAGCAAAAAACACAAAUACAAAAAAAAUUUAAAACCAGGAGGUUUUCAUACACAACAUGAGCAGUUUUUAAAACAUUUUAUUUUUAUGUGGCGUGUAUACAGUGUGCACAUACCAUUAAAGCGAUUACUAAUUGGACCGUUGAUAAACACAACACACCAAAAAUAAGUGCUGUAUUGUUGUCCAUCAUGAUAGUCCACAGUCUGGUUCCUCCUUUUUGAGUUUACUUACGAAUUUGUGCUCUACAGUAGCCAGCAAGAACAAACUCAGACAAAAUGACUCUGUAAAUACUAAGGGCAUGCAAUGACAGUUCUGUUUUGUUUCAGAUGAAAGUACAUUUAUUUACAUAUCAGCAAAAGUUUAAAAAAAAGAAAAAAGAGAUCUUUUUGAGCUAUGUUAUAACAUACAGUACCAAUAUGUGUUACGACUACAGAAACUGUGUUACUACUCUGAAUGUGUGAGUGACCAUUCCUAUUCAAAUGUCUUGUAUACAUACAAUAUAAUAAUAUUAAUAUGACUAUUGUGCCAAAGGGGUUAGGAAGGGUCUAGCUUACUCAGUUGUGGGUAAAUACGUGAUUUCUUAAAAAAGAUGUAAAUGUAAAACUAUUUAUAUUGUUUUGGAUAUUUUCUAUAUAAAUACUCCACAUUUUCCAGUGUAAAAGCAAUAUUAUCCAUCUGUACACAAGGUGCACAUGUUAAAUCAAAUCAAAACACCGUUUCUGGUUCUUUUUCAUUAUUCUUUACUCUGUGGAGGACAACUGAACUAGGAGGAGGGUGGAGAGAUUAGUUGAAAAUUUUCUUUGCAUUUUGAAAUCUUUAUUGAAUGAAAUUAGGACAUUUGUUGAUUUCAAAUAAUCAACAAAUGUGUGGUAAUUUCCUAUUUUUGCAAUGUUACUUACUCAGUUUAGGGUCCAGUUUGUUUAAGACAUGGCUGCAGAUUUAGAUCGGUAAGGACAUUAACUGUUGGUGCCAUCAUUUGUUGUACUUUUUUGCUGCUUUUUGUGUGGGGUGAACAGAUUUAUUAAGUCAUAAACCUGAUGUCAUGUCUCCUUAGUGGUAUCCAUCCAAGUCAAAACAAGAAAAUAAUUUUUUCUUUAGUUCCCAAAUGGAAAAAUGCACAGAUGCACACAACAACAAUCUCAGAUUAUUGCUCAGAGGUUUUUGCAUAUGAGAAAGAAUAAAUCAUCUAAGAUCUUCUGAACAUAACUUCAGACAAAAUUAGCCCCUCUUCUUCGUCUGAAACUGCUGCGGCUGCAUCACUACUGCUACAACUACUCGUUUAAUUUUAAUAAUCUGUGUCCUGACCUGUUGUUAAAAAUUAACCUGCCCUAUUGUUGAGCUUUUAUUUGGGAGGAGCCCGUUAAUAUGCUGUAUAAUGCACUGAUAGAGUAACACGGAGCUUGCUUCAGCACUUCAGCUGCGUGUUAUCAACUCCCCUUGAAAAACACAGAAGAGCUACCCCUGCAGAAAAGACAGGGUCAGUGCUUGCAUCAGUUGCUAUCUUAUUCUCUUUAAGUUCUGUGACAUCACCUUAAAUCUACAGAUGUAGGUUUUAAGAGUAUGUUGUAAUUAUUACACAGUAGGAAAAGUUAGCAUCAUGGGAUUUUUUUUUCCAGGUCAAAUUGGGAAUUUCUCAUUCACAACAAAUGCAGAGCAAGCAACAGAAAACCAGACCUGAUCCUGCCUCCUGAAUCCCAAACAUGAUGGCUCAUAAUAAUCUAGCAUGAACUCAGUUAAUGAUUAUUCUCUUGAUAAUGGUGAUGAUCAUGUUCAGCAAAAUCUUGAUUUCCUGAUGAUGUCCCCCCAAAAUGUGUUGACUAAGUCUGAUAAAUGCACUUUAUAGAAUUGGAUUGAUAAUCCCUGCGCUUAAAAAUAUCUUUUAAUCCAGAUGCGGUCAGCUGCUCAUCAAAAUGACACAGUCAUUUUUUUAUACCUUUUGGAUGAAAAUAUAAAAUCAGUCCACCUGUUAUCGAGACGGUUCCUGUUGCUUCUCAACCCAUAUAUGCUGAUUUAGAGCCAGAUAUAAAUAUGUAUAAUAAUCUCCUGUGAUGCUUAUUUUCCUCUGUUGAUCAUAAUGUGAGGAAAGCCUCGAUCUUAAAUGUUCGCUACUCUACUGAAUUGCUACUGAACGGAAUAAGGCUAUCACUCUAUGAGGUCCAAGAGUGGUGCAUUUAAGCUGACCCUCACCACUGACUCUUACAGAGGGAGGCAUGAGAAAGAGCGUUAUUUCUCCAUUAGGGAUGAGUUUGACUGGGAGUGCUGUGUGGCGGAGCAGCCUCUCUCACUGCCUUGCUAGAAUUUUUAUUUAAUUUGGUAACAGGGGAAAAAAAUGAGUUAUGUUUACUAUGUAAACACCACACAGACUUUUGGUUGUGUACUCUGACAGGGCAUGUCCAGAGAGGUUUGCUUUGUCACUAUAGUACUUAUAUUGUAUUGUGAUGACCACCCGUCUGAGUGCAGUUUAGUGGAUGUUAUAAAUAAUUUAACUCUUAAAAGUGUUGGUGAAGUCUUUCAAGGCAGAGAGCAACGAAGCCCUCUUCUCUUUUUCUCACAAGUAGUUAUAUAGUUAUAAGUAGUUAUAUCUGCUCUUUAUUUUAGCUUUCUUAUUGGAAGACAGAGAUAUAAAUUGAUACCGAUUAUUUCAAGAUCAUUCUCAGGCCUGCAGUAGUGUUGCAAAAAAGGAACAUUCCUCAAUAUGACUGAAUGAUCGACCAACUGAGUUGAAAGCUAGAUUGCAUUUUCAGGAUAAAAUAACGGCAUUUAGACUCUAAACUGUGCUGUACAAAACAUUACAAGAUGAAUAUCAGCGUCCUGAAUGUUGACUUUUUGGAAGAGUUUCAUGAAACUACUUUUGCUGCAAUCGGCUUACUGAAAACCGAGGCGCUGAAGGAGGUAAAUUAGAUGUCUUAAAAAUCACUGACUGUAUUUUUGUAUGUUUGUCUGAAGCUGCUGGUCUCAUGUUGCUUUUGUUUGUUUCUUUUUUUUUUUACUGGUUAAAGAGGAUGUGCAUUUUGAUAUUUUGGUAUUUAGGUAGUCAGUGUGGGUAAUGUUGUUCAGAGUAUAGAGGAAUAAUUCAUACUAAGAGGUUAGGUUGUAAUAUUAUACUGAUAAGAAAUGAAAGAAAAGUUUGAGUAUUUAUUUAUGUGGCUUAAAGAUUUGUAAGGAAGUGAAAUACAUUUUUAACCAGGUCAGUGUUGUUUUUAGAGCAUUAACGUUUUACAUACAGAGCAGGAGGCUGCAGAAUUUAUGAAAUAUACUUCUUUACACCCAGAGAAUUAAACCAAGCUGAACAGUUCUGAACAGCACACCAUGUGACAUUGACUUCUUCUGUAUUUAUUGUGUGUUUUUAUAUUCCUCAUUUGUGUCAAUCUCAGCUUGGAUAACCGCAGCGGACAUGAAAACACAAGUAAAAUCCUUGUUAAUACCCCUGCUUAAAAUUCUGAUGAGGUCCAUUUGCAGUAGAGUGUGUGACACUAGAGCAUUCGUGACAUAAAUAGGAUGAAUGUUGCCUACAGAAGUGACGUUUACAUUUUUACUGCUCACUUGAGAUAGUCGAGAUGUUCGUGUCUGAUUGCUGACUGAUCUGUGACUUUUUACAAGCUUGUAAUCCAAUAUAAAUAUUUUGUAUUUUUCUGGAACACUGAGUCAGAUAUUCUGAGCAAGAAAAAUACAUUUCAUUUAUUGACAAAGGAAGCUCAUCUGCAUAUAAAUGAAGGGCCUGUGUUGCGCUCCAGUCUCUUUACGUCCCAGAUUUAUCAAAAUCGGUAUUCAGCCAAGCUCAUCGGAGCAGUCUACUUUAAGCUUCAUUUUGAUAAAGAAAGAUGAUGGGUUAUUAUAAAUCUAAUUAAACAGAAGUGGAAGGAGCUGAUUUAUCUGUACUGAGUAUAUAGAACCAAAUAUAUUUUUUCUAUAUAUACUGAGAGGUUUUUAGGCACUCAAGAUGAAAAAAUAGCUACUAAAAUUAAGAUUUAUGAUGGAUGUAAAUGAGUUAUUCUUUUUUAUUAACAAUUUAUGAAGGAAAAGUUCAGCUUCAGUUGCAAUGUAACCCCAGGUUCCUCACAGCACUAUUCAUUCGAGCUUCUCCACUCAGUGCCAACUUUCUCUCAUUGUAUUUUUUUGAAUGGGUGGACAAACACUGUGGAAAAUCUGACUAAACCACAGUUACAUUUGCCAUUGGAAAAAAACAGCAAGAAAAGUUUUCAUAAGCUGUGUACCUGUGCCAAUAUCUUGAUAUGAUAACAGUGGCUCAAACUGAUCAUUUCCUAAUGGAAAAUGGUAGUGUUUAUCCUCCCACGUGGAUUCGAUUGUUAGUGGAAAACUUUUAAGUGUGACUUUAUUUUUGCUGUUUUGUUUUUGCUUAACUCCUGAUGUUCAGAACUUUAGAAUGUAAUUCGAUGCUUUGUAUGUAAUGGAAGAUGGUUUUAUAUUUGGAUGGUUGACUAUCAUUAUUAUUAUUUUCACACAGUUGUGUAAAGUGUCAAAUAUAAGAAUAUGUGGUUCAGGCUGUUUGGAAAAUACAGUUUGUUUCUCAGUGGCUUUGUUGUGGGUUAGCGAGAAGUGAUGUGAGGAGUUUGUUCGUGUCUGCUUACGGCAGAUUUUAUUACUCAGUUAGUUUUAGCCCAGCCUCAGAUGCAACAAACACAAAGGUUUGUGGGACUGGAUUCCACACUUGUUUGUUGCUGACACUGGAGCUUUGUUCAUAGGCUUUUUAGAGGAUCCCAGAAGACCUGGAAUAGAUUUAGCCAAAGCAGAGUUUUUCUCAUCUCCCAAUUAAUUCAUCUUUAUGUCUUCUUCCAAUCAGGCCCACGAUUACUCUCAUGAAGGCCUUUCUCUGUGCUGAUCUUUCAUCACUGGGGAAUAGAAAAAAAAAGGAACAAGGAGAGUGGGAGUGUUAAUCAGUUGUUUCUUGUAUUUUUUUAAAUAGAACAAAAGAUUUUUCGUUAAAGGGUAUACCAAAAAAAACAAUAAGGGAGGUCUUUUUUUUUUUCCUUUUAAGAAUAGCCAGGGGGAGAGAGGCUUCAAAUUGACAUCCAGUGUGGAUGAAUUUUGUUGUUGUUUUUGAGCAAUAAAAAGCACACUUAACAUUGUACGAUCGAAUCAUUAGCCAGUAAGUUCAAUUUCAAAACCGCUUAAAUUUGGCACAAAUCUGGACAAACCUCCUCAGAAAUAUGUUCACAUUAUAGGUGAUCUGUGUUUUAAGAGCGCAUGCAUCAUUGUCCUGUGCCUCCAAUUUUUCACUGCCGUUUUGCUCUGCUUCCUUUUUUUUCUCCUUGGUGCCAUGAGUGGAAAAAGCUGAUGAACAAAGAUGAGUUGACAGGCAGGAAGUGCAGAUGCAUUAAAGGGAUCACCGAAGAAUCACAAGCCUUGAAGCCUGUGCUUCCGGGAAGCGACGUGAGCUCUAGAAGUUAGGUCAACACAAGGCAGCUGUAAACUCGCUGCACAUCCACAUACCAGAAAAAUAUCUCUUUACUUUUGUAACUGCGUCGGGUGACGAUGGAACGUACAAAUUCACGUUUUUGUUGUGCAUAUCUCCUCUCGGCAGAAACACUGUGCUGCCACAGUACUUUGGCAUUAACUGGUCGAUUUUUAAAAGUCACCAGUUUGACUCACUGUAGUCAAACGCCCACCAGCUGGGCACCAAGAGACAGCCUGAGUAGCCAAUUCAACAUGGAAAAAACGCAUAGAGCAGUCUUUAACUUACACAUAUGAGUCACAUAUGGUUUGUUUGGUUUUUUCACUGGGCUAUAACACAUAUAUUUUGGUACCUUUCAGAAAAUGUGACCACCAUGCAGCAGUGCUGUGGAGGAGAAGGGUUGUGUGGUUUG